CUUCCUCUCAGGUCUUAUCGGGGAAGUAAAACUAAUAUACUAAUCAUGAGGGUGCUUCUAGUACUUGGUGUGCUAUGCCUAGCGGCACUGUGCUCCGGCUACGAGGACAAGAGCGACGACCUCGCGGUCGCUGCCUCGGGCCACCAUCACGAGCAUGGCGGCGGACACGAGCACCAUGCGCAUCAUCACCAUGAUCAUGGUGGCAAGGGACACAAGGGACAUAAGGGACAUCACCACCACCACAAGGGCGACCACGGCCACCAUGGCAAGCACCACCAUGAGCAUCACCACCACGAGCACGGUGGCGGCCACAAGAAGCACUGGGACGAGCAUGACCACCAUGGUGAACACCACGAGCACGGGCACCACCAUAAGGGCGGUAAACACGGCCACAAAGAACACCACGACAAGGGCGAGCAUGUCGACGGAUACCACAAGAAAUACCACAAGGACCACUUCCACAAGGACCAUCACUUCCAUGACGGCCACCACCACGAGGGCAAGCACCACAAACAUGACCACCACCACAAGCACCACGAGGGUCAUGGCGGACACCACAAGAAGGGAGGCCACCACCACUCCGGCCACCACGAGGGACACCACGGCAAGCACGGCCACCACGACAAGCACCACUACGACGAGGACCACCACGGACACAAGGGACACCACGGACACGACGAACACCACCACCACCACCACGACCAUGGCAAGAAGGGCGCCCACGAGGACCACAAGCACUGGGGCUUCCACCACGGCAAGCACUGAUAAUGUUAUACUCCCUG